AUGAAAGAGAAAGCAAGGGAUGUUACAUUUAUGCCAAGCAUCAUGAUCAUGCCAAACAGCUCUACCACCAGCGUUAUCCAACUGCACUUUGAAGACCUGGGAAAUGUGUCUUAUCUUCUUGCUUUUUGUCUAAUCAUACUCUACACUGUCACAUUGUUCAUUAAUAUUUUUUUGAUUUUGUUAGUUGUGUUUAAAGAUGGACUGCAGGAACCUAUGUUCAUUUUUUCUAGUAACUUAUUUUUAAAUGGAGUUAUUGCUAGCUCUGCAUUUUUACCUAAAUUUACAGCAGAUAUUUUAUCUGAAACUAAAACUAUUUCUUUGCUUGGUUGCUUUUGCCAAAUGUUCUUUAUUCAUUUUUUUAAUCACAGUGAAUUAUCACUUUUGACUGUUAUGUCCUAUGACCGCUAUGUUGCCAUUUGCAAUCCAUUAAGAUAUUUGACCAUUAUGAAUGUUCACAGUAUAUGCAGACUUCUAUCAUUUAAAAACUGUGAUCAUUUUUCUAUUUUGAAAUUGUCAUGCGCUGAUUAUACCAUUAAUAAUUCAUAUGGGGUAGUGACAAUUGUUUUUUCAGCAUCUCUGCUCUUCUUUAUUGCUUAUAGUUAUGUACAAAUUAUACAUGUUUGUUUACAAUCAUCAAAAGAAUCACAUUCAAAGGCCCUUCAGAUAUGUUUCACUCACCUAAUGAUUGUUUUAGUUUAUUUGGUAGGAGUUCUUUUUAUGGUAGUUCAGCACCGAUUGCCAUCCAACAAUCUGCCACCUAGUUUGUACAUAUUUAUGUCCAUUGAAUUUCUUAUUGUAACUCCCCUCACCAACCCAAUUAUUUAUGGACUGAGAACUAACAAGAUUAAAGUGGCUAUAGUACAGUUUUUUUAUCCAGAUAAGAAGCGUACACACCUAGGUAAUACUCAAAUUCCAUCAUAA